AUGGGUUCGGGCUGGCAGGGCUGCAGGCCUGUGCCGAGGUGUGUUGUUCUACUGCUCUUGGGUGCCUUCCAGCAUUUCGACGCAGAACCCUCCAAGGCGGUGGUGUCAGGUCCGAGGGCCAAGCCUGAGAGACUCACGCAGCAGUUGGAGGCGAAGGUGGAUGGAAACCGCUUAAAGGCCAAAUCGGAGCUGUCCCAGCAGUUGGACCAGGCCAUCCGUCGUCGCGACGAAGCGAGAGCGGAGGAGUGCCUGGAAGAGGCCUUGAGGCAAUGGCUGGACAUCAGCGUGGUGACUUUCUCCCCCCUUAUCGACCAGGCUGCACAGGAGGGCGAUCUCCAACGUGCGGAAAAGUGGUUUGAUCGGGCACAACUGUUUGCUGACAAGCUGGACGAAGUGGAGUUCAACAGCUUGGUACAUGCUGCUGCCAAGCAAGGCAAUCUCUCGGCUGCAGAAGCCUGGUUUGCAAAGGCCCAAGAUGCUCGGAUUCGACCUGAUGCCAUCACCCUCACGGCCGUGCUGCGGGCCGCCAGCGGGCGAUCAGAACGUGCCAGGGACUGGUACAGCGCAGCUCCACUUCUUCGAAUCUCGCCCAAUGAGGUGACCCACUCCUGUCUCCUCCAUGCAUUGCGGGACAAUGCCACGGAAGUGGCUGAGUGGUUUGAGACCAUGGAUAACUUCCAGCCCAAUGUGGUCACGUUCAACACCGUGAUCGAUGCCAUGGCCCGUUCUGGCGAUAUGGAAGCUGCAAAGAGGUAUUUCCAGCGUUUGUGUCGUAUAGGCCGGCCUGAUGCAGCAACCUUUGGAGCAUUGAUCAAUGGCGCUGCGAAGCAAGGUGAUGUGGACGGUGCAAAAGACUGGAUGGAGAAGAUGGGUGAAUUUGGAGUCCGUCCCAACGUGGUCAUUUGGAACGCAUUCCUCAAGGCGUUCAGACACCGCCCAGCGAUCGAAGCGGAGGAGAUGUUCCAAGGAAUGGUUCAGUCGCGGCAGCAGCCAGAUGCUAUAACCUUGGUCUCGUUGAUCGGCUUCCUUGGCAAGUCUCGGGUCAGGGAACUCUGUGGCGAGUUGGAUGUAGCUUACGACAGCAUCAUCAAACAAGUGGUGGUCAAUCGAGACGUGAAGCGAGCAGACUCGCAUGCUCAACAGUCCGAACAGUACCGCCGCCUGAGUCGCUUCUCCCUCCGCGCCAGCAGGGCCAAGGUGCACACGCCAUGGCAUCGGCUCCAGCUUCAGCAAGAGAUGUCCAAGCAGAGGAAGUCCAAGGAUCGGCGCCAGGCGCCACCGUUUUGGCGAUGGCAGACCGUGGCAGGGUCGGCUCCCUGGUCUUCAGCAGCAAAAGCUGCGCGGAGAAAGAAUGGCCCUGGGCUCAAACAUUGCACAGCCAUGGGCCCACGAAUGAUUCGUCCCCUUUCAAAACCUCCCCGCAAGCAAUCAAAGUCGGCUGCUGGUGGUGUGGUCGAUUUGGCUCAAAUUUUAGCGCCAGUCAAUUCAGAGACGAGCAUAGGCCGGCUGGGUGGCGGGAAAGAGAGUGGUGUAGAGACUAUGAGCGCCACGGAUCAAAAGAUCUCCCCGGAUGCCAAGAACGCAGCAAAGCCGGUGGAAUCCAAGGAGCUGGCGAAGCCGAAGGCCUCCAAGCCACGUAUCGACUGCAUCGAUGGAUGCCGCUUCGCCCUGGUCUUCCCCAUCGUGGUGGCGCACUUCGCGAGGUUUAGCACCAACAAUUUGACGGCUCUGAAACUGUUGACACAGGAGAAUGUCCUGGUUGGUGGCUUCUUCGUCAUUUCAGGUUAUGUCUCCGCCUAUACCACGACCAAGCUUGGGGCCCUUGGCGUGGAAGAGAAGAAAGUGGCGAAUCCAGAGCUUUUCUUUUGGCAGAGGGUGAUGGCCUACUAUCCGCUUCAUUUCCUUUCCUCAGCAAUUUUUGCGCCGAUGUUCAUUUGGGUGGAGAGGAACUUCAACGCGACCUGGAACAUGAUUGCCUUCCGCGCCUUCUUGAACUUCAGCAUGUUGCAGGCCUGGUUCCCCAAGGAAGCAGAGAUCUGGAAUCAGCCCACCUGGUUCCUUUCGGCCCUGACCUUUUCGAAUCUCACUAUGCCCACUUUGGUCUUGCCAAACGUGGCCAACCUCUCCAAGAAGGGUUUGCAGAAGCUCUUGGCUGGCCUGUGGGGUGUGUCGCUGCUGCAGAAGGUCUCCUACUCUGAGACAGCACGCUUCCACAGCAGCAAGGAACACCCAGUGGACGGGAAGGUCAUGAUGCCCUUGAUCUGGAACUUGACUCGUUUCCACCCAAUCUGGGCACUCUUUGAGAUGACCACUGGCAUCAUUGCGGCUCGUCAUGUGAUGCUUGACACUGAGGAGGACAAGAGGAACAAGCCCAUGAAUCCAAUUUGGUUGUUCUUGGCUGCCUAUUCCUCAUUGGCACUUCGUCUCACGAAGUAUGACUUCAACGAUGCCAUCAUCCGUGGAGUGCUCUUUGUGCCACUUUUCACGGAGUUCUUGACGGCCAUGCACCGAGAUGCGUUGACUGCCCAACCUUCCGCCAUCACCAGAUUCUUCGGAUGCAAGAUCAUGGCCACUCUUGGUUCCUUAGCUUUCCCAAUGUUCAUCGUGCACGGACCAAUCGGACAAAUCUUCUACAAGAAGGCUAUUGCCAAGAAGCUGUGGGGAAAGCCAAUGCCACAUGCCUUCUUCCCCUUCUAUUUGGCGAUUUGCUUGGGUCUCAGCCACCUGGUGAACGAACACUUCGUGAAGAACAAGAAGGUGGGUGCCUUUGCCGGCAAGAUCGCCCAGCCAAUGGUGCAGACCGUGGAUCCAGACGCCAAGGCGGCACCGAAACCCGUUGAGUCCAAGGAGCUGGCGAAACCGAAGGCCUCCAAGCCGCGUAUCGACUGCAUCGAUGGAUGCCGCUUUGCCCUGGUCUUCCCCAUCGUGGUGGCUCAUUUCGCGAGGUUUAGCACCAACAAUUUGACGGCUCUGAAACUGUUGACACAGGAGAUGGGACUAGCCAGGGGAGAUGCCGAUGCUGGCUGGUCAGGUGAUGUGUGGUGGGUUUUCAUGCGCUUGAGCAUGACUGCUGGAAGGC